AUUAAAUGUAUGGUAUCGGAUAAUCUCAAUUUCUCACAUUCUCACUAAUUCAAUCUCAAAACUCCAAUCUAGCUUCCUUACCUUGUUUUCUAUUGCCCUUUUUACCCAUUUUUCAAGUUCUUUCUUUCCUUUUCUUUUGCUAUCUUUCUCUCUUCACUGCUAUUCAUUCCUUUUUCCUCUGUUAUCCUUUAAUUGCUAUCUAGCUUCUCGUCUUCCUUUCGCAAUUCCAAGAACACAUACAAAAAUUUGAAAGCAAGUAAGAAUCAUGCCUGGUAUAGCUGAUAUUCCAAUCCUGGGGAAACUUGUGGACGGAAUAUCUGAUGCUGCAGUUGCCGCCAUCUUCUGUGGAUUCCGUUACAUGUUCUGUUACAAGGAUCUUGUCAAGACUUUCGAGUCCCAAGUGGAAAAAGCUAGCAUGGAGGAGGACAGGGUGUCCACAAAAGUUGCUGCGGAAAGAGCUAAUGGUAAACUGAUCCAGCCUCAUGUAGAUAAGUGGCAGAAAGAGGCUGCAAAAAUCAAGGAGAGCACGGAAAAGUUUGCAGAAAAAUACAAAAACAGACAUUCAUGGAGGUGCAUUCAGUGUCUCCCAAUUACCAACCCCGUCUCACGUUUUCGACUUGGGAGAGAGGCGGUGAAGAAGACUGAGAGGCUAACUGACCUCAUUGAUUCCGGAAAGGAGCUCCUGGCUAAUGAUAUUGCACAUCCUGUGCGAGCUGAAAAUUUACCCAAAAGUACCACUGAGUUCCAGGAAUUUCAAUCUAGGAAAGAUUCUUAUGGGGAGCUAUGGCAUGCGUUGACCACUGAUAGCUCUCCGAUCGUUGGUAUAUAUGGAAUGCCCGGAGUAGGGAAAACCAGGAUGAUGGAACAGCUAUGGGAAGAAGCCGCCGAGAAGAAAAUAUUCAACAAGUUUGCACGAGCGAACGUGGGUAAAGAAGAGCUGAAUGUGAUACACUUACAGAAACAGAUUGCUGAGGAUCUUGGUUGCACCUUUGAUUCGCAAGAUAAUGCGGAAAGCAGAGCUUCUCAGCUGAAACAAAGUUUAUUGAAUGCGGGCAAGACACUCGUCAUACUCGACGAUGUAUGGAGGGAAAUUCCCCUAGAUUUUAUUGGAAUUCCAUGUUCUAUGGGUUCCAAGAUUCUCUUAACAUCUCGAGAGAAAAAUGUAUGCUUGGGUAACAAGUGCAAGACUCUUGUUAAGAUUACACCCCUGCCAAAUGAUGAAGCGUGGGAUCAGUUCAAAAAUAUUGUCGGUUCUGAUCGAAUUGAUUCAUUGAAGGAUGAGUCUCUGGCAAAGAAAGUGUGUGGUAAAUGUGGGGGUUUACCACUCCUAAUUCAUGUAAUCAGUAAAGCCCUGCAAUUCGAAACUCACAAUUCAUGGGUGGAUGCAUUGGAACAACUUGAGAAGGGUGAAUUUGUAAACAUUCCGGACGUAGAAGCACAAGUAUAUACUUGUGUAAAAUGGAGUAUCAAUAAAUUACACGGCGAUGCCAUGUCGUGUCUCUUUUUGUGUUGCUUGUUCAACGAAGAUACUGACAUCCCUAUCAAGAAGCUGAUCCGGUUGGCAACAGGGUCACAGCUUGUAUCUGGGGAAUCUCGGGUACUAUCAAUGGUUGAUACUCUCAGGUCAUCUUCUUUGUUGCUCGAUUGUAAAGAAGAUGAGUGCAUCAAACUUCAUGACAUCAUCAGAGCUGUAGGGAGAUCUAUAGCGUUCAAAGAUCCAAAAUUGGCAUUUUCACACGUAAAAUGUGACGUGCGGUUGCUUGAUGAUGCUGAAUUUGUCAAAACCAAAUUUUUACGUCUAGAUCUGGAUGGUGAUAAUAUUCAUAUCCCUGAUGAUCUUGUAUGCCCAGAUCUGCAUAGCUUGUGGAUACUAUGCAACAAUGAUAUACAACAAUUCUCUGGCGGCUUCUUCAGCAUGUUUGAAAAUCUGAGAUUUUUAUAUGUCGAAGGUAAUAAUGACUCUUAUCUUUCAAAGCUGAAGUUCUCUCUUCAACCCUUGGGUAAACUGAGGACGUUGGUUUUUUUUCGUUGUGACCUGACUGACAUUAACAACACAAAUGUUGGCCUUUUUCCUGAAAACCUAGAAACUCUCCGCCUUUUGUUUGGUCAUCUCCCAGAACCUCUGGAUUUAUCAAACCUGAAAUACCUUCGAAAGCUAGAAAUCAUUGGGCUGAGAGUGAAAAUCAUGCCAAAUACCAUAUCCAGCCUAUUCAGGCUGGAAGAAUUGCAUAUACCUGAUGGAUUUGAGAUUUGGAGUGAUGAUAGUUCUGCUGUGGCGAAACCUAUUUUGGUCGAGAUUAAUCAACUAACCCACUUGAAAAGUUUGCACAUAAAAUUUAAAAUAUCUGAGCCUUUUCAAAAUACUAAUAUAUUUGAUAAUCUAACAUUAUUUAAAAUUUGUGUGGGUGAGUCACCUCAAGAAGGAGCACAUUUCUCUCACAAGACAUCGAUUGAAUUGCAAGGCUGUCAUGAAGAAAGCUUGAAAGGUCUGGUACAGAAGGCUGAAUAUGUGAAAUUGAAGCACAUUGAUAUUAAUGUGAUUGGUAGUAUAUUUGAUAGCAACCCGGAAGCAUUCACAGAAUUGAGAGAGCUGCACAUUAAAGAAUGUAACGAAAUGGAGCAUCUAGCAAGGAUGUCACAGGAUGAGAUUCAACAUAGCCCGCAGACAUCUUUUUCUAAACUAACCUGUUUAGAAAUUACAGAAUGCUCGGGUUUAAGAUACCUCUUCUGCAACUCUGUUGCAAAAUGUCUCACCCAACUGCAAAAGUUGAUAAUAAGAGAUUGCCCUGUGAUGGAAGCAAUUGUAAUGAAUGAUGGCUCAAGCAGUGGAGAUAUCAUACACUUCUCCAAUUUGGAAGAAUUGGAGCUAAGCAAAGUGCCGAGACUCAGAAGCUUCUGCAGUAAAAACAAAGACGCCAUGAUGCAGCCCUCUGCUCAAUUUCAACCUCUAUUCCAUAGAAUGGUCGAAUUCCCUGCAUUGAAAGAUUUAAAAAUCGAAAAUGUGGAAGAUACAAGUGAUAUUUGGGAGAGGGAUUACAACUCUGAAUCCUCUUUUUGCAAACUAACAACCAUCUCAUUACAAGGCUUUAGUAAAUUGGAAACAAUAAUUCCAGCUGUCAUGUUGCAUAAGCUAUCGAGUCUGCAAUCCUUAAGAAUAAGUGAUUGUAGUUCAUUGAUCUCCGGAGUGGGCACAGAUGCAAGCAACAUAGAUGUAUGCGGCCUGCCAGCUUUAAGUCAUUUGUAUCUGAAUGAAUUGCCUUGUUUAACGGAGACAGGGUUGAAGUCAGGGAACCUGUAUCCAAAUCUCAAAAAACUAGAGAUAAACGAUUGUCAUAGCCUUACAAACGUGGUUCCCAAAGAUGUUAUGCACCUUGAGGAAAUUAUUGUAAGAAAAUGCAAGAAGAUGAAAAGGAUCGUGGGGGAAGCUAAACAAGGAGAAAUCAAUGAUGUCCUAGUCUUUCCAGAAUUGUUGUGUUUACGGUUAGAGCUUUUGCCAAACUUGACCAGCUUUUGUGGUGAGGAAACUGAUGCCUGCAAGGUUGAAUUCCCAAAUGUAGUCACACUUGAAAUUAGCGGUUGCAAGGAAAUUAAGCUGGAAUUGAUAGAGUUCAGCGACCAACUAAAGAACUUGGAUAUAAGUUGUGAUAAGGAGAUAGAACUUCCAUCUACAUGGCAACCUCGAUUACAUAAUCUGGAAAUACUCAUUUUGAGGAAGUGUUGGUCGCAUGACCUCAAAUCUUUAAGGUUCCACAGACUAAAAUUGCUUAUGGUUUUCGAAUAUUCUGGAUGCUCUGCUCUUUUUACAUUAUCAGGCUUUAGAAGUCUGCAAAAUCUCGAAGCACUAGUAAUUUCAGAUUGUGCUUUCUUGGAAGAAAUUGCGGACGAUGACCAAAUGUCUGGCAUGAACAAGAAGACUAUCACGCUCCCUCGCCUGCAGAUGGUUGUUCUAAAAAAUUUACCGAAGCUGAAAAGUAUUAUUCAUGGAGUAAAUUAUGGGUGGCUUGUCCCAUAUUUAAGGGAAGUGGAUGUUGAGAAUUGUGGACUCUCUAAUCUUUUUUCAUUCUCAGAGUUGAUAAGUCUCAAAACUUUGAAGAUAUCAAGGUGUGCUCAUUUGGAAGAAAUUGUGGAGGAUGAGGUUUCGGGCAUGAACAAGAAGACUAUUACACUCUCUCAGCUGGAAUCAGUUACUCUUGAAGAUCUACCAAAGCUCAAGAGUUUAAUCUACAGUGCAAAUCAUGAGUGCCUACUUCUGCCAAAUUUAUCGGAUGUUUCAGUCAGUAAUUGUGGGCUCUCUUCUCUUUUCAUGUGCUCAGCCUCUCGAAGUCUACAAAGUCUAACAUACUUGAAAGUAAAGGAUUGCAGAUUGUUGGAAAGCAUUAUUAAGUAUGCGAGGGGGGAUGAAACUUCUGGUUCGACUGAACAGAUUAUUUUCUGCCUCUUAGAACUGGCUUCGGUUGAACUCAGAAAUUUGCCAGACCUCAGAAGUUUCAUCCAUGGUGCAAAUUACGACUGCUAUAUGCCGGCUUUGUGGAAUAUGGAAGUUGAUAACUGUGGAUUGUCUACUGCCUUCACGUGUUCUGUUUUCAGGAAUCUCCAACGACUCCGAUUUUUGAGCUUAUCAAAUUGCAGAAUGUUGGAAGCCAUCUUUGAGUAUGCCAGUGGAGAUGAAACUUCUGGUACGACUGAACAGAUUAUCACACUCUCAAAACUCGAAUCUCUUCGACUCAGAGAUUUGCCAGCCCUGAAGAGUUUCAUCCACGGUGCAAAUUACAACUGCUAUAUGCCGGCUUUGGAAUCUCUGCAGUUAAAAACUGUGGAUUCUCUACUCUUUUCACGUCCUCUGUUUUCAGUAAUCUCCAACGACUCGGAUAUUUGGAAGUAUCAAAUUGCAGAUUGUUAGAAGUCAUUGUGGAAGAUGCAAGGGUUGACGACAUAAGUGACAAGACUAUUACACUCCCUCUACUCGGGGUUAUUUAUCUUGAAGAUCUGCCGAACCUCAAAAGUUUUGGCCGUGAUGAAAGCUAUGAUUUCAACAUGCCCCUGCUAAGAUAUUUUGGUGUGCUUGGGUGUCCCAGGACAGAGGAUUUCACUUGCUUGAAUUUAGGAAACGGGAAUGUAGAACCGAUGGGGAUGAAUUUCACAAUCUGAAUGACAAGAUAAAGAGACCAUUUAAAGAGGAAGACUUGGCCGUGCCGGAGAUGAAACGCCUUGUGAGCCUGUACAGCACAUUUCUAAUGAAGUAUUAUUUGUUCUUUUUUUCUCUUUUUCAUAAGCCUAAAGAUACUAAUGAGUAUUCUGGCUGAGAAUCGAAUCCAAGAACUAGGACACCAUAAACGCAAAACUCUACUACUGAGCUAGAGCUACCCUUAACCCUUAACCCAUAUAUGUUUC